GAUUUCAGCUCACGUUAUUGUCGACGCGAGAGCAACAGUCGGGGAAAACUCGGGAGGUGCUGCUGGUGCAGGGUUUGUGGAGCUGUCAUGGAGCCACGGAAGAAAAGUGACCGUCGUCCCCAGUCGCUGUUUCUCAGCUGCUUGGCUUUCGCCCUGUGUGUUCACUUGAGGACGGUUUCAGCUGGAGAAUGCCCAGCUGACGGACGCACUUGGGUUCCCUUUGGAGAUAGAUGUUACCAUUUUGUCCAUGGAGAAGAAGACAAAAUUAAAAGCUACACAUUUGAAGCAGCACUUUCUCACUGCAUAGGAUUUGGCCUUUUGACAAUCCACAGUGCCGAAGAAAAUGAUUUUGUCAUGAGAUAUAGUCCUGAAGUGUGGAAAGGUGGCGAUGUCAACAUUUGGCUGGGAAUUGAGUAUGACAUAGACGAUGAUGUCAUGAAGUGGUCAAACAACAGGUCUGUAACCUUCACCAACUGGGAGUACAGCCCUUAUCCUGCUGACAUCCCACGGGGGGAUAUCUGUGUGGCUCUGCACAGCAUCUCAGGAAGGUGGGAAAACGUGAGCUGCCAGGAUGAUGUGGAGAACGGAGUGGUCUGUGAAACAGCUCAGAAAGCGGAGCAGCCCAGACCCAAAUCCAGUGCGAUGGUCUCAGCUCUGGUCAUUCUCAGCGUGGUGGCCGUCGUGGGAGUCUCUGCUGUGAUUUGGUUUCUGCACCAGAAGCACAGCUUCGGUUCAACUAUGAUCACAGCAUUCGAGUACCACCCUCCGUUCCGAGUCCUGGAUUCGGACCAGUCUUGCCUGGUGGAGGCUGAGGAAACUGACACUGUUCCUUGAGAGAACGUUCUCCCUUUUAUCCAGAAUUACUGGCUGUGUGCUUUAUGCAACGACAUGUCCACUCUAAAAUCAGGUUAAGUAAUUUGGAUUAACAUGUCACUGACCUGGACCCAGAACAAUGUGUUCUCAUUGGAAGAAUACUGGUGCCAAGCUACUAACCACCUCGCUCAGUCAUACAGAAUUUUCUGCUUUUUUAAUGAUCAGCACUAAUUUCUGUUAUAUUUUUUUAAACUGUUAGUGUUAACCACAGAUCUUCGAAUCAGAUGUCUCUAAACAACAAAAUGCUUAGCUAUUUUUGGGAUUACAAUUUCUCUGUCAGUUAUAAACUUACUUUUAUAUCUCCCCAGAAUUAGCAUUUCUACAAAAGGAACAAAAUUUUUGAACUUUUCAUGUCUGUUUAUUGCUGUUAAUCGAUUUUUAGAGGGCUUUGCACAUUAGUACAUUCCAAAUAUCUACAACACAAAACUAAAGGAAGUCAACAAGGGUCAUUUUUGCCACCAAAACAGAUAUAUAGAUAUAUUAAUAUCAUAUAAAAGAGCAGUUGCUGUAGGUAAACUGCCUUUAUUUCCUCCCUCACAGUCACUGGCUCUGCUGCGUCAAAGCAUCCAGGCUACCUGUUGCACAUUUGAAUACUGUUUUGUUGUUUUUUUUAGAAUGAGUCAAAUCUUGUCCAAUUCUUUUGAAAACUUACAGAUAUGCUGGUUUACAUAGUUCAAAAUCUGUUAACAUGUUUUGAACAUAUUAAGUUUAAAAUAAAUCAGUGUAGUUUUCUUUCAGCCAGUGUGCUAAGUCACUCAACUUUGUCACAAGCUCUAAAUGACGGAUAUAACUACCAAAAUCAUAAGAAGAACCCAGCUGAACCAUGAGCUGAUGUCUGGUUAUUUUAUGCAUGCAUACGAGGUGAAUGUUACUGCAACCAAAAAGCAAAUUUUUCUAAUAGUCCUGUAUCAGAAUCGUCAGAGCUGCUUCCAUGCAUUGUGUUAAUUAUAUACAAAUACAUUUGAUCUUUAAAUGAUUAUUUUUUUCUAUCAGUUGCCUGUUUUUAUUUGUCUGGUUUAAAAGCUAAGCCAUUUUGAGUUAAAAAAAAAAAAAAUCUGACAUGUUCAGUGGUUAUGAAUCUAAUUAAUUCAAGCAUAUUCUGUAUUUUUUUAUUUACAGUAUCGGGAGAUAUAACGGUGGAUGAGAGCCUUUUAUUACUAUGCUUGCUUUUUGAUCAUGGCUGGUGUUUGAGCUUCACACAAGCAUUUCUCAUUUCCUUCAUAAAGCGAGGGAACCUUUCAUACUUUAAAUCUGUUGUGGAGUUUCAUGGAAAUUAUUUACAUCUACAGUAUUUGUGUGCCAUUUUUUGUUAGUUGUUAUGGCAUGCUUUUGUGUGUGUGUGUGUGUGUGUGUUUUCGCUCUUUUUUUUGUUUAGAAGCGAGUCAUGUUUUUUCUAACGUGAAAUGCAAUCUUAGAAUUGGAAAUUGGAAAUAUAUGACCUGUGAAUGAAUAAAGACAAUCACUAUUUGCCUGUA